CAUUCAUAAAAUAUACACUCAAAAUACAAAAUGGUAGAAAAAGACCCUCAAUUGAGCGCUCUUGAAAUAGGCGAAUUAGAUAUGUUUGUUGAAAGUAUGGAACAAUCACAUAUAGAAAACAUUGGAAACCAAGCGUGGUUAGACUGGCAUAUUAGACUGCAAAAACUUAACCAACAGGCUGUUUUAGAAGCGUCAUCUAUGCAAGAGGAACUGACUAAAGAAACACUUAUAUCAUGUGGAAAGUUGCCUGUUUUAGUUUACGAAGCAAUAUGUAUACAAGUGUGGCGUAUGAAAAUAUACCCACAGAUACUCAAAUUGGAACCUGCGCCCGCUAAUACAUUUGGUAUUUAUAUGGUGUUGUACCACGAGGCGGCGGCUGUGGGUCUUCUGGAGACCGUUCUGUUCCAUGAGGACGGUGCGCAGUGUAUCGCCGACGUGGUGGUAGACCUCCUUAACUACGCUGUCGAACAGCUCACCAGUAUGGUAGUUUUAAUUGAAAAUGGCUACCUAAAGCCAGUGACCGCGAAGCAAAUGGAGUGCGAGACGGCCGUCGAAGAAUUGGACCGGCAGAAGCGCGAUCUGCAAUUCGACAUCAGCAUGAGAUGCAUUUCUAUCGUACGCUACAUAACGGAGCAUAUGGAGGCCGCAGGUGUGGGUGCGUCCAUAUCGACCAACUUGUAUAAAACCAACGACGUGCCAUCACUACUCGCGCAUCUCCUCAAACUGGAACCGUGGAGGAAGAUAGACGAGAAGGGUGACAUGCAAACGUUUAACUUUGGUCGUUGGAAUAAGCCGAACGCAGAAGAAGCAAUUCAACUGCACCGUAGCGCCGCUCAACUGUGGCUGUGUCUGCGACAGCUGGUACUCCAGCCGCGUCUGAACCACUACUACACGCUCGACGAGUGUCGCAGGGCCGCCUUCUGCUCGCUACAAUCAAAGAUAACCGAAGUGAUGCUCGACCAAAUACCACCAUUGGGCGACCUCAAGGAUUUCCUGUGCAGAUUGUCGGUGGGAGACUAUUCAAGUUUUCACAACCGCACCAACGGCGUCAAGAAUCCUGGGUGUACUUUAAUUGAAAUAGUACCGCAGAUAAAAGAAACGUACAUGAAGCAAAUACACAAACGCACAAAAUCCAUUGCUAAAGCUCAGUUGGAGCACUUCCAUAUGGACGGUUCCGAGGAAUCCCGCGAGAUGGCGCGGCGUCUGCUCGACUCGUAUACUAGCGAUGCGGCGCUCGCGCUUGACAGCGGCGGUGCUAAGUGUGCGCGGUGUGGUGAUGCUGCCAGCAAGAAAUGUUCACGGUGCAAGACCGAGUGGUACUGUGGCAGAGAAUGUCAAGUGCAGCAAUGGCCGAAACACAAGGAAAUAUGCGAUCAGUUUGCCAAACUUUGUGUGUAGAGAUUAUAAGAGUUAAUACCUAUUUAAAAAAAUAGUUAUUUUAUGCUAAUAUAUUUUUAAGCAUUGUGACUUAGCGUUUAUUUAUAUACCACAGAUAACAUAAUAUGUUUAUACUUACUUAAUGAUCUUUAGAUAUAAACAAAGUCGCUG